AUCUUGCUGGAUUUUGGCUCUUCGGCGACUUGUACAAUGGCGGGUUUACUGCGAAUGAGUGCUUUACCACGCGUGUAUUCUAGACUGUCUUGCAGGACAAUUCAAACUUCGGCUGCUCGUCAAUAUAAGCCGGUCCCAACAACUAGACCAGAGUACGCGUCUGAAUUAGAAGCUCUUCAAGCGAAGGAGAAAGGACCUUGGAGUGAGCUUUCAAAGCAGGAAAAAGUCGAUCGUAAGUUUUUAUACGUUAUUGAUUCCUGCGAUAGAUUAUAUUUAGGAUAGAUUUACGUACUUGAUGAAAAUUAAACAAAAUAUAUUUAUAUACUUGGUGAAAAUUUUUUACCGAAGUGGAGUUACUCGACAGGAAUCAACCUUGAUUAUUUUUCAAUUUUUCCACCAUUUAGUAUACAGAUCCCAGUUUGCAAAGACUAUUCCAGAGUCUAAAAUACAAGAACCAUAUGCAAAGAAAGUGGUUGGUUUAGUAUCAGCAGGGCUAGCAGUAUCUGUGGUCUUCUUUGCAUUCCUCAGGAAGUAUAGUAAGUUAUCUUGUUAGCCAGGAGGUACAAAUAUAUUGUUAAGCUGAUAUCUGUUUUCUCACGUAAGAAAAAUAGGAGCAAAUGUGCAAGCACCUCUCGGUCAGGUACAUGUUAAGUGAAGUGAUGCACUAGUUACCUUUUUUUUUCUGGAAGGACGAUCAGCACUGCAUCUAUUUUGUAGAAAGGUGCAGUCUGCACUUGCCACUUUUAAAACAAGAGGAACUGGGUCAAGUUAGCUUUCGCAAGGACUUCUGGUAGUGGUGCAAUGAUCAGUCGAAUUCUCUGUUAAUUGCGAUUAUGACUAUUCAUUUCGAUUCUCGAUUCUUUGCUUCCAUGUUUCGAUUUUGGCUCGAUUUUUGCAUACCUUUUCCAGGGUGCCCUCAGUGAGUUAUUAUAUUGUAAAAUCAGAAUCUAUGACUCUCUAAAAACAUUUUUGAUAGACGAGGAAAGACGAUUGCAAUUCUUGCGCCCUUUUUGUGUUUCCUGGUAAAAAUAUUGUUCUUCAACCACUCCUUAAGAAUUUCCAAAUAAGGCAAACCAUGUGGGACAAGCUCUUUGUCAGGUUCUCAAACGUGGCGACAAACGACUAAGCGACUGUGAAUCCUCCUUCCCCUGUUACUAUUCUCAAAUUGAGGGUUUAGGGUUGCAUGUUGUUUACAUUACAUAUUAUGUUAUAAAAAUUAAAGGACAUUUACAUAAUCAAAUUGAAAUAAUCGAAAUUGAAAGGCAAUAACUGAAAUCAAAUUGAGUCACAAGGAACAUGAAUUGUCACACCUGUAACUUAUGGGAUCGUUACUGGGGAUGCGCUGGUCAGCUCUUGGCCAAUUUUUUCCCCAUCCCCAAUAACAGUCCAAGAAGUCUUUGCAAAAGUUAACUUAGCUCAGUUUCCUUCCCACUUAUUCAGUGGCAAAUAAAUAUAUUGAUCUCAGUCAAAGGUUAACUCCAUUAAACCUCCCCAUGAUGGUCACCUCCUCAACAUAACCACCAUAAUAUACCAUGACCAUAAACUUUUCUCCUGGACACCAUUCCAUACAUAUAUAUUUUAUGUUAAGUUGCAAUGGCAACAGGCAUCGUUGGAUUACCCUGAACAAGAAAGUGCACUUCCAAUAAAUUCCAUGUGAUGGCCACAUGGCUAUGGCAAAGAGGUGUUAUUUCCUCAAGGCAGUCCAUUUAUACCAACUCGCAUGAGAAUGUUGAGAAGGAGAGGCUGGAGUUAAACCUAUCAUAAUGGACAUUUUUGAUUGACAAACAUCAACUGGAAGUGAGGCUUUUUCCCUUUAAAAUUCCUUGACGCUACCACAUUUGUAUUGCUAAGUGGCUUUAGUCUCAUUUAGACGAUUUGCCCAAAAAUGCAAAAGUCCUCUUCUGGUUGCCUUUGCCUAAGCUCCCUGUUAAUAAUAGUGGUGCAAUAAGAUCUACACAGCAGACAUUAAAGAUUGUAUCUUUGCCUUUGACCAUCUCUAUAAGGCAGACAUCUCUCUAAGACGGACACUUGUUGUUAGUCCCAAAGGUGUCCAUCUAAGAAAGAGUUGUCUGUACUUCCAAGAAAUAGUGAGAUCUUUGCUGUUGCUUAUGGUUCUAACAUUUUAUUGUCAAGUUUUAUCAGAACACUGUUGAAACAAGUUAAUACUUUUUUCUUUCCUUUAUCAGUUGGUCCAGAAAAGCCUCGCACACUCACACCCGAGUGGCAAGCAGAUUCUGUCAAGAAAGCAAAGCGGCUGAAGUCAAAUCCAAUUUCUGGAAUUGCUUCUGAACCAUAA